GAACCGCUCCCGUUCACCCUCAAAUACAACCUGAACUGGAAGAGGGAGAGGCAGCCUAUAAGAGUCUUCCCGGCGUCGGAUAAUCGCGGCCUCGACCUCGACGACGCCAUCGCAAAAUCGCGGUCUCGAGUCUUCCCGCCACUACCCGGGCAUCUUCUUCCAUGCGCGCGCGCGCUUCCUCCUCCUCCCCGUCCCUGAUGGUUUCCCCCCCUUCUGGGCGCCCUCUGCUCCCUCUCCUGCUGGUUCUCCUUCUCGCUACGCUCUCCUCAGCCUCUGUCCGCGCGCCCACGGACGCGGAGGCGCCGGCGAUGCCACCCGCCGUUGCCUCCGGGCACGCGCGGCAGGAGUUCCACGUGGUGCCGGCGGCGUCAAAAAUGGGGCGCCCUGGGGAUGGCAUGGCCAAGAACGGCUCGGGGACGCGGCGGCCGAUCAGGGAAUGGAGGAGGAGUGCGCGCCGAGGCCGCGGCGGGGGAACCGCCACGUUGACGUUCUCGGCGAUGCUACCGCGGGGGAAAGUUCCGCCGUCGGGCUCGUCGGCGUGCCACAACGACAUGCCGGCCACCGCCUCCGACGCCCAGUUCUUCGCCUGCAGCAGCGCCGGGAGCCCGUGACGACAAAGGCCGUGCCGCUGCCUGCCUGCUUCGACCAAGAAUGAUCCAAAUCCAAGGAAGGUUCUUGGAAACGCGGUAUUUUCUUGUCUCUGCUGCUGCAUCUUGAGGAGUUCUUGCCGUUCUUGCAAGUGUAGAUGCGGUGAGGCUUAAUCUGUUCUUCUCUAGUUCUUACUGAAAAAUUCCAGGCCCUGUAUUUGAUUCGAUGAACGGAUUGGAAGCGAUGCGAGUUUGAGUUCC